GUCAUAUGACAAUGGCUGGCGGACGCUUGUGGCAGAGUUGCUGUAGGAACGGGCUGGCUGCUAUGGACGCUGCUGGAGGGAGGCGCGUACGGUGCCAGGGCUCCCCUCACCGGGCUGGCGCUCCCUGCGGGCGGGCUCUGCUGUGGGGCUGGGCCCUGCUGGGCUGCGCCUGGGGCCCUCGCCCCCCGGGGACUGCUGCCGCCCCUUUCCUAGCCGGCUACGCGCUGGACGAUUCGGGCGGGCUGGGCCGUGAGUUCGACGGUAUCGGGGCCGUGAGCGGCGGAGGGGCCACCUCUCGACUUCUGGUGAAUUACCCAGAGCCUUAUCGCUCUCAGAUCUUAGAUUAUCUGUUUAUGCCAAAUUUUGGUGCCUCUUUGCAUAUUCUGAAAGUAGAGAUUGGUGGUGAUGGACAGUCAACAGAUGGUACUGAACCCUCCCACAUGCACUAUGAAAAUGAUGAGAAUUAUUUCCGGGGCUAUGAGUGGUGGCUAAUGAAAGAAGCUAAAAAGAGAAACCCCAGCAUUAAAUUGAUUGGGUUACCUUGGGCAUUUCCUGGAUGGAUAGGGAGGGGUCAGAACUGGCCCUAUAAUCAUCCGGAUGUCACUGCUUACUAUAUUGUUUCCUGGAUUCUAGGCGCCAAGCAGUAUCACAAUUUGGACAUUGAUUAUAUUGGGAUAUGGAAUGAAAGGUCAUUUAGUAGCAAAUAUAUCAAGCUAUUAAGGUACACCUUGGAUAAACAAGGUCUGCAGCGGGUGAGGAUCAUAGCCAGUGAUAACAUGUGGGAGCCAAUUUCCUUUUUCAUGAUGGUCGACUCUGAGCUCCAUCAAGUGGUCGAUAUCAUAGGAGCUCAUUACCCUGGAACAAGAACAGUGCCUAGUGCCUUAGCAACUCAGAAGAAACUAUGGGCUUCAGAAGACUAUAGUACUUUCAAUGAUGAAGUGGGUGCAGGCUGCUGGGCUCGGAUCCUGAACCAGAAUUAUGUGAAUGGAAACAUGACCUCCACCAUUGCUUGGAAUUUGGUGGCUAGUUAUUAUGAAGAUUUGCCCUUUGGUCGAGAUGGAUUAAUGACAGCGCAAGAGCCGUGGAGUGGCUAUUAUGCAGUGGAAGGUCCCAUCUGGAUCACAGCACAUACAACUCAGUUUACCCACCCUGGCUGGCAUUACCUGCAGGUGGAUGGACAUUUAGAAGACGGUGGCAGCUAUGUAGCUCUGACUGAUGGCCUAGGCAACCUUACUAUCAUCAUUGAAACUAUGACUUAUCGCCACUCUCAGUGUAUCAGGCCUCCACUGCUUCCCUUCAUUGUUUCACCUCAGAAAGCAACUUUCUACCUCAAAGGAUCCUUUCAUAAAGUGAAAAUCUUGAAAAUGUGGUAUACUAAGCUUGGCUUCAAAUCUGCAAAUUCCACCUUAUUCCAUCCUCUUCCUCCUGUAAAGGUACAUGAAGGGAUGUUCAGCUUAAAUCUGGAUGUGGAUGAAAUCUACACAUUAACUACCCUCACGACAGGCUGGAAAGGCACUUACCCAGAUCCUCCCCAGUCCAAGCCUUUUCCUUCAAAUUACAAGGAUGAUUUCAACAUUCGUAAUCCGCCCUUUAGUGAAGCUCCACAUUUUGCUGAUCAGACUGGGGUAUUUGAGUACUUUGUGAAUACUUCUGAUCCAGGGGACCACAUUUUCACACUCCGCCAGGUGGUGGUUCAGCGACCCAUCACCUGGGCUUCUGAUGCAGACCAGGCCAUCAGCAUUAUAGGAGACUUUAAAUGGGUAAAUGUGACGAUAACUUGUGAUGUCUACAUAGAGCACCUGGGCAAUGGUGGUGUGUUCAUUGCAGGAAGAGUAAACAAUGGUGGGAUAUAUGUUCGAAGUAGCAAAGGACUCUUCUUCUGGGUGUUUGCAGAUGGCACCUACCAGGUCACUGGUGAUCUCUCUGGAAAGGAAGUCCUGAUGAAAGGAAUGUCUGGUGUGCGAGCCAGAGUAUGGCACACACUCACUCUGAAUCUCAAGGUAAGGAUGCAAAUGGAAAACCACAAGAAUUAACCAAAAUAUUCUUUACGUAGCUCACCUUAAAAUACAGCACAUGAGCACCCUGGGAUAUUGACUGUCCAGUAGCAAUUGGUGAUUCGAUCAGUUAGUAAUAGUUAAAGUAACGAAAAUACUCAUGUGUUACAUCUUCAAUGAGCUUUACAUAUAUGAAUCCUCACAAUGCCC